AUGAGGUGCACCUUUGCUGAGAUCAAGCCCCUGUCAUUUUUGAAAGCCUGUUUUUCAGUGGUGAAACAUACAAAGAAGUGGGUCGCUGUAGCACUUGAUGUGUCGCAGUUCAAACCCGAGGAGCUGAAAGUUCACAUCGAUGGAAGGGAUCUCACCAUCGAAGGACAUCAGGAGCUGAAGACCGACCACGGCCUUACACUACAGGCUAUGUCCUUCGUCCGCAAGUGGGCUCUCCCGGAUGACGUCGACCUCGACGCGGUGCACACUCAGCUGAUGGAUGGUGGGAAAUUGGCGAUUGAGGCUCCGAAGACUGGCCAACACACCAACAAGAGAGUACUGCCUAUCAUGGGCGCGAAAAGUAAACUGUAA